UGUCUGGCUCAGCGGCAGGGGCGAUGCAAGCUUCAGUCCCUAUGGCUCUCUUCAUCUUGCUGUUCUUGCUGCCAAGUCCCUUACAUUCCCAAUCCCCUUGUGAUAUUUCCCAAGUGACCAGCCUGCUGGAAGUAAACUGUGAGAACCAGAAGCUGACAGCAUUGCCUGCAGACCUGCCAGCAGACACAGGCAUCCUCUUCCUGGCCAAGAACAAACUGGUUACCUUCUCCACAGCCUCCGUGGCACAGUUCACUCACCUAACUCGGCUAUACCUGGAUGAAUGUGAGCUGACCAGCCUGCAGACCAGUGAGAAAUUGUCCAAACUGGAGAAUCUGCAUUUAUCCCACAACAGCCUGCAAAGUCUGCCCUCCCUAGGAUGGGCACUGCCUGCACUCACUAUCCUUGACCUCUCCUUCAACCAGCUGGGCUCACUGUCUCCCGGUGUCCUGGAAGGCCUAAGCCAACUACAGGAGCUCUACCUGCAGAACAAUAAUCUGAAGAGUCUGCCCCCCGGGCUCUUGGUGUCUACAACCAAUCUGAAGAAACUCAAUCUGGCCAACAACCACCUACGGGAGCUGCCCCAUGGGCUCCUAGAUGGGCUGGAAGAUCUUGACACCCUCUACCUUCAAGGGAACUGGCUUCGUACAAUGCCAAGGGGCUUCUUUGGGACCCUCUUCUUGCCUUAUGUUUUUCUUCAUGCCAACACCUGGUAUUGUGAUUGUGAGAUUCUCUACCUCCGAAACUGGCUCAAGCAAAAUUCCAACAAUGUCUACUUAUGGAAGGAGGGUGUGGAUGUCAAGGCUAUGACCCCUAAUGUGGCCAGUGUACGAUGUGCCAAUUUGCGCAACGCACCUGUCUUCUCCUACCCAGGGAAGAACUGCCCUACCAGUAGUGAUAGGGAUUCCAUAGACUAUGAUGACUAUGACUCUGAAGUCUCUGAAGUACCUGCUACAAGGGCUGAGGUCAAGUUUUCUACUAACACUAAAGCCCAUACUACCCACUGGGGCCAACUCUUAGAGUCUCCUACUUCUCCAGACAGCCAAAGGCCUUCUUGGCCUCCAACCCACAAACCUACUAAAAAACAGUCCACAUCCACCCACAUACAGAUUCCAGGUUUCACCACACUCCCACAGACCAUGCAGUCCAGCACACCUCUUUAUAAUCUAAAACUCAAUACUACACCUACCACCAUCCCAACCACCCCAGUACCUACCACUUCCACCCCAAAUACCCCAAAGGCCAGCCCUACCCCAGUGCCUACCACUUCCACCCUGGCUACUCCAGAGCCCCACUCCAUACCAAUGCUUACCAGUUCUACUCCCACUAUUCCAGAGCCCACCACUUCCACCCCGGCUACUCCAGAGUCCAGCACCAACCCAGUGUCAACUACUACCACCCUGACUACCCUGGAGCCCAGCAUCACACCAAUGCUUACCACCUCCACCCUGACUAUUCCAGAUUCCACUGCUUCCACCCUGACUACCCCAGAGCCCAGUGCUCCAGUGCCUUCCACCCCCACUCCAACUACCCCAGAGCCCAGCAGCACUACCCCAACCACUCCAGUGUUUACUGGAGUGACACUCUUCAUUACUGCCCUGGCUGCCAUAGAACUCACUUUACUCCCUACCCCCGAACCUAUUACUGGAAUCCCAGAAAUGAACAGCUUCAUAACUUUCCAAGACAUGGUUCAAGCAAACUCUAAUACUUCCAAAAGUGACCCUUUUCUCAAUUCUGACUUUUGCUGCCUCCUCCCCCUGGUUUUUUAUAUUCUGGGUCUUCUCUGGCUCCUAUUUGCCUCUGUGAUACUCCUUUUGUUGCUGACCUGGAUCUGGCAUGUAAAACCACACACUCCGGACUUGGACCAAUCUGCUGCGCUGGCCACAAGCACAUACACCACAAGUCUGGAGGUGCAGAGAGGAAGGCAGGUAACUGUGCCCCGGGCCUGGCUGCUCUUCCUUCAAGGCUCACUCCCUACUUUCCGUUCUAGCCUUUUCCUAUGGGUAAGGCGUAAUGGGCGUGUUGGGCCUCUGGUAGCAGGACGGCGGCCCUCAGCUCUGAGCCAGGGUCGUGGUCAGGACCUAUUGGGAACAGUGGGUAUUAGGUACUCAGGUCACAGUCUAUGAAGGUGAGUACCUUGGAGAUCCUAAGAAGACUACUGGGAUCUAGCUGGGGCGGGAAUGAGACUGCCAUGCAGACAUUUUAUUUACUUCUUUAUCUGAAGCUCCUUUUACAUCUAGACCACACAAAUCAGAUGUGGUGAGGUGAUACAACUGGGUAAUCUAUGUUGCCAGGUCACAUGGUCACUGCUAUGGCUUUGGGGAAGAGGUAGAA